UCUCCAUUUGACUCGGCAAGAUGCAAAUCAAAUACCUGGCGCUCCUCGUCGUGUCCGCGUUCGCGCAGUCGGAUGAAACGACGUCCGCCCCGAUCUCGGAAACAGUGUUCAAGAGCCAGCCCGGUGUGUGCAAUGCAGGUGGCACGGAAUGCAAGAAGUUCGGCACCGAGUACGAAUGCGUGGCUGUCCAGUCGUCGGCUGCUGGCUUGAGCAACCUUGCGCAAUGCGUCAAGAAAGUCAGCCAAGACGGCUCCCGCGUUUGCGUCGGUAAUUCUGCCGGUGUUUGCCCUACAUUUGGUGCGUGGCCGUUGAAGUUUCGCAACGUUCAACCUAUUUGUGCGUUUGUCCCGGACCCGAAGUGUACCCAAGCAACGACUGCUAAUGGGCAAGUUGUUGCUGCGCGCAUGUUGCAAGAAGCCACGACUACAACCAAAGCACCUGUCACGUGCUAUCGCCAAGAAGUUCCACUCACGAACGGCUCUGUUGCACUUGUGAAUGGUAUUUACAAGUGCAUUGAUCGUGACUUGUACCGAACCAAGAACUAUGGUCUUGAAUACACCGAGAAGCAAAUCAAGGCGUGCCAGGGCAACACCACCAAUGGUUUCAGCAACGGACUUUGCAACGGGCAUGGCACGUGCGCGCCUACGAGUGCCUUCAGCACCCAAUACGCGUGCAAAUGUAACCAAGGCUACGACCCGAAGGACAACUGCAACGUCCCUGUGGGCAACGUCUGUGAUGGUCUUGGUCAAUGUGGCGCCUUAGGUCAAUGCGAUCCCAAGGAUGGCAAGUGCAUUUGUAAACCUGGUUCCAAGGGCAACCAGUGCGCUGAUUGUGAUAUUACGUCGGAAGCUGCAUGCAGUGGUCCUUCGAACGGCAAAUGUGGUCCUGACGCGAAGUGCGUGUGUGCUACUGGCUGGGGUGGUCCUCAAUGCGAAACCAAGUCUGUGACGGAACCUCCCCCGAAAACGACUGCAGCCCCCGACGUCACCCCUGCGCCUUCCUCUGCGGUCGCUACCGGUUUGUCCGUAUCGGCUCUUGUUAUCGCUGCUUUGUUUGCUUAGAUUGUCUUUUAAUCGAAGAAAGGUCAUGCUGUAUGCCUUGUGUCU